AUGCCGGGUGUGCAGGGCGUGGAGCCCCCUCUUGACCGCGCAUUCCCGGGCGCGGCUGUGGAGCGCGAGAUCGCCCUGCAUAGCUGCCUUCGCCACCGCAACAUUGUGGCCUUCCACGGGCACUUUGCCGACCGGGACCACGUGUACAUGGUGUUGGAGUACUGCAGCCGCCAGUCGCUGGCCCACGUGCUGGAGGCCCGGCAGACCCUGACGGAGCCUGAAGUCCGCUACUACCUUCGGGGCCUGGUCAGCGGCCUGCGCUACCUGCACCAGCGGCGGAUCGUGCACAGGGACCUGAAGCUCAGCAACUUCUUCCUGAACAAGAACAUGGAGGUGAAGAUUGGAGACUUGGGGCUGGCCGCCAGAGUGGGCCCAGGGGGCCGCUGCCAAAGAGUGCUCUGCGGUACCCCGAACUUCCUGGCCCCCGAGGUGGUCUCCAGGAACGGACACUCCUGCCAGUCUGACAUCUGGGCUCUGGGCUGCAUCAUGUACCUGGUGCUAACUGGUGCGCCCCCCUUCGUGGGGGCCCCCCUGUCCGAGAUGUACCAGAACAUCCGUGAAGGCCGCUACCCUGAGCCUGCCCACCUGUCGCCCCAUGCACGCCGCCUCAUCGCCCGCCUGCUGGCGCCGGACCCCGCCCAGCGGCCCAGCCUGGACCACCUGCUGCAGGAUGACUUCUUCACGCAGGGCUUCACUCCAGACCGGCUGCCGCCCCACUCCUGCCACAGCCCGCCCGUCUUCGCCGCCUGCCCGUCUCUGGGCAGGCUCUUCCGGAGGGCGGGCCAGCUGCUGCUGAGCCAGUGCCGGCCGCCCUGCCCCUUCACCCCGAGCGAGGCCUCGGGUCCAGGAGAAGAUGGUCCCGACUCUGGCUCCAUGGAGUUGGGUGAUGAGGCCUCCCAUUCAGAGAGUGGGGCCCCGAACCCCGAGGUCCCCGUCCACCUGCUCUCCCAAGGGACCCUCCGGAGCGGCCUGCUGGGGCCCGAGGGGAGCGCAAGGCCGGAGGUGGAGGCCGCCAUCAGGAACCUGCAGCUAUGCCUGACGCCUGGUCCCCCGGUCACAGAGGACCCCGGGGAAGAGCAGCGGCCCAUUCUCUGGGCCCCCAAGUGGGUGGAUUAUUCCAGCAAGUAUGGCUUUGGCUACCAGCUGUCAGACGGAGGCAGCGGCGUCUCUCCGGGAUGGCACCCACAUGGCCCUGCGCCCCCCGGAGAGGAGGGGCACCUGGCCGCGCCGGCCCCCCCCGCGGGCCCCGGCCUCUGCCUGCUGCGCUACCUGGUGUCAGAGCAGGCCCUGCUGCUGCUCUUCAGUGAUGGCACGGUGCAGGUCAGCUUCAGCGCAGACCGGGCCCAGCUGGUGCUGCGUGGGGGCGGCCGAGGGCUGCAGCUCACCUUCUGGGAAGGGGGCCGGCCGGGCCGCUCCCACCCUGCGGGCGUCUCCCGAGGCCACCGCCAGGCUGCAGCCGCCCGCCGCCACCUUCGUCACGCCCUGUGCAUGCUGUACAGCGCCUAG